ACCCUGCAGUACGUUUAUUUGGUUCAGGCACCCAGAGCUGUGUGGGGCUCUUGACACGGGCUGGGAUUUGCUUCUCCAAGAGCGCAGCACAGAAUGCUUCCCACUGCACAAGAAUCCUUCCACGAGGUCUUACAGACUGAAACAGCUCGGUUUGGAGUUACAGAGGGAAGAGGAUGAGUGGGAGGGGGGUGACUCCUGCCUCCAUGGUGAGAAACUCCAGGUGAGCUGCCCUCUUGGCUGUUUGAUCACUCCAGGGCCAUUUUUGAUAGCAAAAUGUCCACAAUCUGCAUUUUCCCUUGAUAGACACCCUGUGAGAGAAUUCAGCUGAGCUCUCCCUCACCUCCGCUCCGCUGGUUCCAGCUCUUGGAAACACAAAUCUCAGGGGCUCCUGGGCUGCACAGGAAAACCAUGCUCUGGCAACCUGAUCUCUGUGGGGUGUUUCUCAUCACAGGACAGGGGUUUAGCACGAGCGCAGCUCGGGCGAUGGAUUUGGGGCAGAGACCCUUUUCUGCAAGGUCGAUGGGUGGAACAGGAGCGGGUCUGUGCAGCCAGGGCUUGCGGGGCGGCCGUCUGCAGGAUCAGCACUUCCCUCCAGCUCCGGCAGCACAGAGUUAGUGUUGACAUGUUGCAAUAACCGAUGACAGGGGCCGGCUGCCACUUUUCUCUGUUCAUUGUGUCCCUUAAUGAGACUCGGCUGGUCUUACUGUCAGGCCCUGCCAGCCAGGAGGGUCACACAAAGCCCCCGAUUGUCACCCCCCUCCCGCCAGAGCCAGGUGAGCAGGAAGAGCAGUUCUGUGCACUGACAGCAUCACUCGGCAGCCGGGGAUUCACCCCCGUCCCCGCCUGGGUGCCAGUUCUAAGGUUUCACCUCCGCAGGUCUGAGUGGAGGAGCUCCUGGCUGGGAAGCCCCUUAGUGGCAGGGGACACCUAUUUAGGUGUCACGGGGGCACGUUUCGGGUUCCCAGGCGCAUCGGGAGCCAGGGACGAUGCAGAGCCCGCGUGUGCUGGGGCGGCAGAGCUGCGGGAGCAAGGUCCUGGUCUGACGGGAGGAUGGAGGGCAUCGUUCACUGGUGCCCCAGCACAGGAGGAAGGUUCUGGGAGUGAUGGUUACUGGGAUGUCGGAAUAACCAGCAGCAGGGUUGAUUUUAACUGUGGUUCUUUCCUCCUGCCUUGCUCCCAGACCAGGGGGGUUGCAGGGUGCCUCCCAGCCCCAUCCAGGACGUUCUGGAUCAUCUUCUCCCUUGCUGUGUUUUUUGCUGUUGUUGGCAUCAGCAUCCUGGGAAUUCUCAACUUCUCCGCCAGCCCUGCGCAGGCUGGUCCCCAGCUCCUCCGGCUGAUGCUGCAGGGUGAGCACGACCCACUGAGGAACCAGACAGCCCUGGUGGACAUGACGAGGAGCACCGUGACCUACUACAUCACCUCGCAGAGCAACUACACUGCUGUGGUGCUAUAUGACAGCAGGAACGGCUACGUGUGCUACAAGCCGGGGGAGCAGCGCGUGUGCUACCUGCGCAGGAUGGACGCCUGGGACCGCCAGACCCUCCCGACACCCCUCGACACGUCCCAGCAGAGUGCUGAUGAGCUGCUGCGUCAGAAUAACCAGACCCAGUACUACCAGGAGUUCCUGGGCAUCCUGGCGGGGGAGCAGGUGGACCCCGAGAGCCUGGGGGAGCCCGUCCGGGCCCUGUGCGAGCAGACAUCCAUCUUCUGGGUCAGGAGAGGGGAGGGUCCGGGGAAGCAACGGCUGAUCUACCUUUGCAUCGACAUCUGUUUUCCAAGCAACAUCUGUGUGUCUAUCUGCUUCUAUUACCUCCCUGAGUAAGUCCUGCAGAUGCUCUCUCACUGCCCCACAUACUUGAACUGGGUUCCUGAAAAGCCUCUGAUUUCACCAAGGAAGGUAACAGCUCCAAUCUCCCCCAAAGCUUCCUGCUGAUUUCACGCUGCAGUUCAGGAGUUUAGAAAAACAACAGGACUCUGCUCAGUGCUGUCAGUACAGACACUUUAUUUGCAGCUGUGCUCAGGGCUGCACCUUGUCCAUAGGUAUUAGCAGAACCAGGCCUAGAGGAAUCACGGGAGCAGCCAGUGUUUUAUGGUUGCACACCCUGUUCAACAUGAGGUUAUUAGAUUUGUUGGGGGUGGUUGGCUUUGUACAAGUACAGCUUUCCAAGUCAGUCUGUGAAAUACACUUUGAAUAAAGGGAUUGCAAAAU